AAGAGGAGGAAUGCUGAGUGCUGACCUGACAAGAGGAGACGCACCCGUCUUUCCAGGAAUUUUACUUUUUCUUGUUUUUGUCUUGACGCGCAGCAAGGAGACAAAUGAGGGACAUCACUAAUGAGACACUUUUUAGGACUUGGGGCCAAACGCUGUGGUGAGCGUCUCAAGGGAAUGUUCUUCCAUUGCCUAUCCAAGGAAUAGAUUUACUUGAUCAUUUUACUGCCAUUGUCUAAUGUUGUUCUGAUGACUUGCUGAGUAUAAAUAGCAUUGUUUAUUGGACUGUUUAUGAUUUAUUUUACUUUUAUUGAGCUCAAGCAGCCACUUGUCUUGCUUUUGUGAUCGAAUUGAAAGUAAAAGAUGGCACAGAAGGAGGGAGGAACAGAGCAGUGGUGUGUGAAGACCGGGGACAAUUUUGGGGCCAAAGCCAUGCCGGGGGCCCCCGCGCCAGGGGGCGGGGUGGUGGUGGGGGUCCGCGAGAAGAAGGGACCCCUGAGGGCCGCCAUACCCACAAUGCCCUUCCCUCUGGCGGUCAUCUGCCUCUUCUUCAACACCUUCAUUCCAGGACUUGGCACCUUCAUCUCGGCCUUCUCGGUGCUGUGCGGCGCCCGCAGCGAGCUGGUGCCCGAGCGAGGCGUGUGCUGCGUCUUCUGGCUCAACAUGGCGGCGGCCCUCAUCCAGAUCCUGACGGCCAUCUUCAUGGUGGGCUGGAUCAUGAGCAUCUUCUGGGGGAUGGACAUGGUCAUCCUGGCAAGCUACCGAGACCAAGGUGUUCCACAGGACGUCUGAGAGGACCCCAAUGGACAGGUGGUCUUUUUGAAGGACCCCCAAACAUGAGGACAACCUUUCCGUCCUUUAAUCGUCCGAUGGCAACGAUGGAGUGUUAGCGUGGUACAAAAUAACAGCAUGGAGAAGAAGAAGAAAGGGCAGGAAUGAAUCACCAAAAUGUUAGCUAGCUCGCUAAUCAGCGAACUUGUGCCAGCUGAUAGCUUAAACCAAAACAAAGCGUUUGGGUUUUAUUAAAUGUUUUGUUUGUUUUCUGGUGCUUUUGGUUAGUGGAAAGUGUCCAAUAAAUAAAACAAAGUACUUUCAUGCUAUAAAUGUUGCUAAAUAGUUUUUCUUUUUGUUGACUUAGUAUUUUUUAAUUACAAAAACAUGCAUGUAAAAUAACUUUUUGAUUGAUUGAUUGAAACUUUUAUUAGUAGAUUGCACAGUGAAGUACAUAUUCCGUACAAUUGACCACUAAAUGGUAACACCCGAAUAUGUUUUUCAACUUGUUUAAGUCGGGGUCCACUUAAAGGCCUACUGAAACCCUCUACUACCGACCACGCAGUCUAAUAGUUUAUACAUCAAUGAUGAAAUCUUAACAUUGCAACACAUGCCAAUACGGCCGGGUUAUAUUAGUAAAGUGCAAUUUUAAAUUUCCCGCGAAAUAUUCUGCUGAAAACGUCUCGGUAUGAUGACGUUUGCGCGUGACGUCUCGGAUUGUGCGGACAUAUUGGGACACCAUUGUGGCCAGCUAUUAAGUCGUCUGUUUUCAUCGCAAAAUUCCACAGUAUUCUGGACAUCUGUGUUGGUGAAUCUUUUGCAAUUUGUUUAAUGAACAAUGAAGACAGAAAAGAAGAAAGCUGUAGGUGGGAUCGGUGUAUUAGCGGCUGGCUGCAGCAACACAACCAGGAGGACUUUGAGUUGGAUAGCAGACGCGCUACCGUGAGUACAGCUUUGGCUUCCAAACAUUUGAUCGCUUGCCCGUCCGUGCGUGCUGCUAUGUGCAUGUCACGUACGUAACUUUGGGGAAAUAUAUGUGCUGUAUGAACUUUACGGAGAUGAACGGUACUUUGGGCUGUGGGAUUGAGUGUGAUGUGCGGGUGUUUGAGUUGUAUUGGUGGGUUAUAUGGACGGGAGGGGGGAGGUGUUUGUUAUGCGGGAUUAAUUUGUGGCAUUUUGAAUAUAAGCCUGGUUGUGUUGUGGCUAAUAGAGUAUAUAUACUGUAUGUCUUGUGUUUAUUUACUGUUUUAGUCAUUCCCAGCUGAAUAUCAGGUCCCACCCGCCUCUCACAGCAUCUUCCCUAUCUGAAUUGCUUCCACUGCCCUCUAAUCCUUCACUCUCACUUUCCUCAUCCACGAAUCUUUCAUACUCGCUCAAAUUAAUGGGGUAAUCGUCGCUUUCUCGGUCCGAAUCGCUCUCGCUGCUGCUGGCCAUGAUUGUAAACAAUGUGCAGAUGUGAGUAGCUCUACAACCUGUGACGUCACGCUACUUCCGGUACAGGCAAGGCUUUUUUAUCAGCGACCAAAAGUUGCAAACUUUAUCGUCGAUGUUCUCUACUAAAUCCUUUCAGCAAAAAUAUGGCAAUAUCGCGAAAUGAUCAAGUAUGACACAUAGAAUGGACCUGCUAUCCCCGUUUGAAUAAGAAAAUGUCAUUUCAGUAGGCCUUAAAUUGAUUCAUGAUACAGAUAUAUACUAUCAAAUAUAUACUAACAUCAUAAUACAGUCAUCACACAAGAUAAUCAUCAGAGUAUAUACAUUGAAUUAUUUACAUUAUUUACAAUCCGGGAUGUGGGAUAUAGAGGGGGGGGGGCUGGGGUGGUGGUUAGGUUUGGUUGGUAUCAACACUUUAGUCAUCAAUCAGCAUCAACAAUUGCAUCAUCAGAGAAAUGGACAUUGAAACCGUGUAGGACUGACUUGGUAGGGUAUGUACAGCAAGUAGUGGACAUAGAGAGAGAGAUCAGAAAGUACAAAAAAAAGUGUCUACAUUUGAUUAUUUACAAUUGAUUAUUUACAAUCCGAAGAGGUAUUAUGUGGAAGGGAGGGUGUUAGUUUAGAGUUGUAGUUGCCUGGAGGUGUUCUUUUAUUGCGGUUUUGAAGGAGGAUAGAGAUGCCCUUUCUUUUACAUCUGUUGGGAGUGCAUUCCAUAUUGAUGUGGCAUAGAAAGAGAAAGAGUUAAGACCUUUGUUAGUUCGGAAUCUGGGUUUAACGUGGUUAGUGGAGCUCCCUCUGGUGUUGUGGUUAUGGCGGUAAACUUUUAUUCUAGAAGUCCAAACUACAUUUGAUUACUCUUUGUUGUUCAAUCUAGGUUUAUGUAAAAGCUGCAAACUGACGUGCGCAACUGCACAAGUGACACAUGCACCCUGAUACGUACCUCUCACGUGUGUGUGUGUGUGUGUGUGCGUGUGUGUGUGUGUGUGUGUGUGUGUGUGUGUGUGUGUGUGUGUGUGUGUGUGUGUGUGUGUGUGUGUGUGUGUGUGUGUGUGUGUGUGUGUGUGUGUGUGUGUGUGUGUGUGUGUGUGUGUGUGUGUGUGUGUGUGUGUGUGUGUGUGUGCUGUACCACUUUUUUCUCAACAAACGUGUGACAGUGUGACCUCGAUGGGAGCUAUAAAUAGAACUUUUCAGCAAGAAUCAAGGGAUAAUCUUUCUGGAAAAAAAUCCAUAAUAAUCCCACCUUUAAGGGAAAAAAGUGUGCAUUAGCUGUAUUACGACAUUAGUUCUAAUUUUAGCCUCCAUUCCACAAACUACUCUUUUUUUUUAAAUGUAUUUAUUUUCUACAUAUGAUAAUCUGGUACCGAUGCCUUGCUUUUUAAAUGCACAAACUGUUGUGUUGCUGGAGAAAGUCUAAUAGUGUUCUUGCAUGCUUGCUUUUGACUGUACACAAACACAAAAAUUAAAUAAAA